UAUGCGCAACACCACUCCCAAAGUCACAGAAAAUAAUGUCUCAUUCAUGUUUUGGACUUUAAAGCGACGGACUUUUGCCAUGCUGCUGCUGUCAUUGCUCAUAUGCGCCAGUCCGAUUGCGCUGGCGCAACUGGAGGAGGAUUUUGAUCCAGAUUUGGCAGAUUUUGAUUUGGAUAUUGCUCCGCGUAGAGUUCCACGGCAGGUGAAAACUAUAUUAACAAAGGAAACCAAACCUCACAUCCAGGAGCUGACCAUCAAGACCACCAUCAUCUCCCGCUAUGCCUUCACCGCGGUGUACUGCUCUAUGCUGAACCGCCACUCAGCCGCAGCUGAGGGGGUCUUUCAGUUCCAGCUGCCCGCUGACGCUUAUGUGUCCAACUUCACAAUGAUCAUCGGGGGGCGUGUCUAUCAGAGCGAGGUCAAGCCAAAGGAAAAGAGGGUCAAACAGCAAAAUGGCAGAGGCAAAAACAAAGACUCAAGUGACACAAGUCCUGAACCUGAGGUAGAGGUUUUCCAGAUGGCUGCCAACAUUCCAGGUCGCAACAGAGCUGUGUUUCUUCUUACCUAUGAGGAGCUACUGCAGCGACGCCUGGGUCGCUAUGAACAUGUGACCAGCCUGCGACCUAUGCAGUUGGUUAGCCGCCUCAGCUUGGAUGUCACCAUAGUUGACCAGUCCCCUAUUACAGACCUGGAGGUGCUGCCACUGCGCAAUGGCAGAGCCAAUGGUGGUGGCAGUGCUGGGUCAACUAGCCCCAAAGCAGCAGCCAAACCAGAGCUCCCAGUGACUACAGUGAUCAAAAAUGAGAAGAACGUGUGCAGGAUCACCUUUAGUCCAAACAUUGUCCAGCAGGCUAAGAUCACUACCAAUGGCAACUUGGGAGACUUUGUGAUCCACUAUGACAUCCAAAGAGACAUGGGGAUCGGAGACAUACAAGUUUUAAAUGGACAUUUUGUCCAUUACUUUGCACCAAAAGACCUUCCUGCUGUCCCAAAGAACGUGGUGUUUGUGAUCGACACCAGUGCGUCCAUGGUGGGGACAAAGAUCCGACAGACCAAGGACGCCCUGUUCACUAUUUUGAGAGAUCUUCGUCCUGGAGACAGAUUCAACUUCAUUAGCUUCUCCAAUAAGAUCAAAGUUUGGAAACCAAAUGGCCUCGUCCAGGUCACGCCCCUAAACGUCAGAGAUGCCAAGAAGUUCAUAUACAUGUUGCUGCCCACUGGAGGCACCAACAUCGAUGAUGCCAUCAAGACAGGCUCCAAACUCCUCCAACACGACCUCUCAGGUCCUCACGCGAGUCCCAACAGCGUCUCUCUCAUCAUUUUUCUCACGGAUGGCCGACCGACUGUCGGGGAGCGCCAGUCCACUGCUAUUUUGGGAAACACACGUUCGGCGGUGGAGGAGAAGUUUUGUAUCUUCACAAUUGGGCUCGGCAAUGAUGUGGAUUACAGGCUGCUGGAGCGCAUGGCUUUGGAAAACUGUGGAAUGAUGAGGCGCAUUCAUGAGGAGGCCGAUGCCAGUGCCAUGCUCAAGGGGUUCUACGAUGAGAUAGGAACACCUCUGCUGUCUGACAUAAGGAUCAACUACACAGAAGAUUCGGUGCAGUAUGUCACUCAGCACUUCUUCACCAACUACUUCAACGGCUCUGAGAUCAUCAUCGCUGGCAAACUAGCCAAUCAGAGUGCGGAAUCGUUGCAUGUCCAAGUGACUGCGAGCAACAACGACAAAAGCAUAAUCCUGGAGACGGACGUCCCGCUGCGACACCGACAGAUCGAGACAGCAAAACACAUAAAAGCAGCCUCAGCAGCUCUUGCAGCAGCUAAACCACCGGGGUCAGGUGUUGGAAAAGAGCUAGUCAGCUUGGCUUCACUUGCAGAGGACUUUGUGGAACGCCUUUGGGGAUUCCUGAGUGUUAAGGAGGGUCUACGUUCAAGGUUGCGCAGCAAAACCAGCAAAGAGAGAGAAGAUCUCACCCGGCAGGCCACCAAUUUGUCCCUCACCUAUCACUUUCUCACCCCUCUCACCAACCUGGUGGUGGAGCGGCCUGAGGUUUUAGCCGAUGGUACGAUGGCCCCGGCACCCACUCUCCCCCCGGCUCCUGUUGAGCCUGUGGACUCUGUCAAUGAACUUCCUGGUGAAAGUGACAAUGGGAAUCUGGAUAACCUGGACAAGAAGAAGGCAGAGAGCCAAAGUCUUAGUCUGAGCAACAAGAUAGGCAGGUUUGAGCGGCUGCCAGCCAAGAAAUCUGUCACCAUCUCAAAAACAUCAGCUGAUGGAGACCCUCAUUUUGUGGUGGACUUCCCUCUCAGUAAACUGACAGUGUGCUUCAACAUCAACGGAGAACCAGGUCACAUUCUCGGUCUGGUGUCGGAUCAUAAGCAUUCUGGUGUGACGGUGAACGGUAAAUUGAUUGGCGCGCCAGCUCCUCCUGGCAGCCACAAGAGCCAGCGCACCUACUUCAGCACCAUCACCAUCGUGGCGGACCGACCUAAGCGAGCCUACAUUGAGGUGACGACUAAGAAAGUCAUCCUGGACGGACGGGAUCGCAUGGUCCUGCCUUGCCACACAACAGUGGCUGUGGACAGCGGAGUUCUCUCUGUGUCAAUCGUCGGAAAAUCGAACGUGACCGUGACCAUUGGAGGAAACAUCAGUUUUGUGAUCCUGCUGCACCACUACAAGAACCCAGCACCCUACCAGAGGGACCACCUGGGGUUCUACAUUGGGAACAGCAAGGGGCUGUCACACAACAGCCACGGCCUACUGGGUCAGUUCCUGUAUGAGGAAGUUGGUCUGGCUAAGUUUGAAACUGAAGGACAAUUGAAACCUUCAAUGGCGCUGAAGGUGAAGGACCGGUCAGUGCCAGUGGUCCAAAAGAGUCGAAGGAUCUACAGCGGGACUCAGAACGUGGACUGCUGGUUUGUCAAGAACAACGCCGCUAAACUCAUUGACGGACAAUAUGAGGAUUAUUUGAUGUCGCACAUGUUUGACACUGGGGACUGUCCGCACGACAGCAACAGAGAGUGAGACAAGUGCAGGAGUUUGAAUAUCAGACUUGCAUCUUUGAAUGUUUAAAUUUACAUUUGAGUUUUUGCCAGAAAGUUGAGUGACCAUUUUACUGGUUUGAAACAAAGGAAGGAUGUUCAUUUAGCCUUUGUCUGGUACUCUGUGGUCAAUAUCUUCAGUCCUUGAAAUAUCUUAUAGGAACAAUAGACGACAAAGUGAAACAGCGUGUUUGGAAUAACAGCAAUGCGAAUAGGUUUUAGAUAUUUAUGAAGUUAAUAGAGUUGUUUUGUUUCAUGAACGGUUUGGAAUUACCCUUCUUGAGGUUCCCUCUCCUGACCUCAGGUUGUAGAUGCCUGUUCUUAGAGGACAAAAGGUCGUGUUGGUCACUCUUAAUACGUGACACAUUACAAGUUAUAAUUCCUCUUUGAGUUAAAUUGAACAGCAAGUAAGCGAAAAGGAUUUUACUACUCAUACAGUCUCAACGUGUUUAAACAAGCCUAAAUAAGCUUACCAUACUGCAACAAGCUAGCUGGCCUGCACGCUCGUCUUUACUUCUCUACUGUGUCUGAAGUCAUCGCAAAUAUAACUUAUGAGAGGAGACGGCAUCAGAGUUAGA